AUGAAAAGAUCAACCAACACAAUUGUUUCAUUCGCAAAGCUGCAGUCUGUAGUGCCAUUAUUCUUGCACAGAAGGAACCACUCAAUUUCCUUCGCCAAUACCCAUUCGGGAAAAUGGUCGACCACACUCCUCUCACAUUCCGAACAUAAGAAUUUUCAUUCAAAUUUAAUUUCUACAACUGUACUGGAGAGCUCAUCAUCCUCUUUGAAUGAAUCAUCAAGCCUUCAUCAAAAGAUACCAUCCAUUAAAUUGGGAGUGCUAUUCGCAUGGAGUGGUAUGCAUGAAAGAAUGCAAAGAACAUUUGAAGAAAAGAGCCAGGAAAUUUUAAACACUGCUGUACUUCCGAAUUAUCAAGUGGAUAAGCAACAUAUUUUGUACAUGACAAAGCAAAACAAGCCAAGUAUUGAAAAACUGAAACAAAUUUAUCAAAACUGCAACGUAUUGUUGGUGUGUCCAAUGACAGGCGGAACAGAAGAAAUACUGCAAGAUUUGGUUUCAUUGAAAAAACCAAUUGUACUUUAUGGAGAGAGUUAUCAUAAUUCAAUUGCUGCCUCUCUAGAACUUCGGCAAUAUUUCAGAGAUUACAUGCUUCCAUCUGUACUUAUUAACAAGAUGGAUCAAAUUCAUUCAAAGAUAUCUGAAUUUGCAACUAAAUACGAGCAGAGCUGGAAACAUUUCCUAAGUUUAAGGCUAGGUCUUAUUGGGGAAAUUUCACCAUGGCUUAUUAACGAGAAGGACUUUGUUACCAAAGAAUCGUUGCAAGAAAAUGGUGGUCUAGAAGUUGUUACUCCAUCAUUUAGAUUACCAUUCACCAAGAUAUCAUCCAAGGAGCUUUAUGACACGUUCAAAGAGGUUUCACAGGAUGAGGCUAAAGAAGUUGCCGUUCUAGUUCAAGAACUUCACGAGCAAAAAGUGAAAUCAGUUUGUUGCGGUGGAAGAAAGAAAGAUGCAACUCCUCAAACCAAUGAGGAUGCAAGCUGUCAAGGUAAUGAACAAUGUGGCUCAAAUGGUAGUGGCUCAUGCAAGUCAGAUGAUCAUCACCAUCACCAUUCUUGCUCUGGAGAGGCAGUAUUAAGCAAGGUUUCUCGGGAAUCUCUUCCUGUUGUGCCAAAGGACAGUCUUAUUGAGGCAUGUAAAGUCUAUAUUGCCAUUCAACGACUUCUCAAUAUGUACAAAUUGGACGGAUUUACCAUUGGAUGUUUUGAUUUAAUUGCUGACAUCAAGACUACACCUUGUCUCGCACUUGGACUUUUGAAUGGCAUUUCACAACUUAAACUGAGUGAUGGAAAACUAUUGACAAUGAAGGCAAGUGCAUGUGAAGGAGAGUUGAAUUCCUUACUUGCAAUGGUCUUGUGUCAAAAGUUUUUAAACAAAUCACCCUUUAUGGCCAACAUUGUCGAUUUCACACCUUCACAAAACGGAAUGGAAGACGAAUUAUUAAUUGCACACUGUACAGCUCCAAUGAUUCCAGGCCUUCCUUUCGAGCUAACCACUCAUUUUGAAAGUGGAAUGGGUGUAGCAGUUCGAGUCGACAUGCCAACAGUAACAGGUUUGAGAAAUGUAAAAUCAGGUCAUGUGAACGGCAAAACUGUUGCCGCCUUAGGAGCCUCUUCCGCAAUGGCCACCCUCAUUAAGAUAAAGAAUACUAGGGAUGUCAUUAUCGCUCCUGUAGUUGUUUACGACAAAGAGACAUCAUUGCUAAGGUGCAGGACUCAACUACGACUAAGAAUGCAACGAGUGAACGAUUUUGUGGACUCAACCUUUGGUAAUCAUCAUUUAUUGGUCUAUGAAAAUUACUGGAAUGUCAAAGAUAUGUUUAGCGAGCUUGGAUUUAAUAUUACUGAACACAUGUAG